AUGCCGGCUACACAAGCUCCUUUCCCAUCACUGGCGGAGCUGCAGAUGCAUGGGCGCCACAUCAAGGAAGCAAUCGAUGAACAGCCUCCACCGAUCCGGACUGCUUGGUAUUUGGGACCAGGUGGCACCCUUGCGCUCUUGGUAACAGCCCUCAUAUCAUCAUCUACCGCAGUUUGCAUGGAUCAUUGCUUGCGGGUUGGCGAUGCUUUGGAAGACAGGCUUCUUGAGUGCAUGGACAGAUGUGAGGUCACAACCCCGCCGUCUGAAAGCUGCGAGAAGACAUGCCAAGGGCAGGUGAAGUAUACCCGCCGGCAGGUCCAGCGACAGCAAUCAGACUGCGUGAGCCCAAGGGAAUUUCCAGGACGCAGCUGUGACUAUGCCGGGAUGCAUGUUGCUUUAAGUGGUCCAAUAUAUCAUACAGCGAAUCAUACAUGAGUUUGUAGAUUCACCAGGGUUUUAAGAUAAAAUGGUGCUCACUAGCAGUCUGAUUAUCGGAAAUGAACAAACAACAUAGAGUGACCGUCAGUGACCGGCCCUGUCAGGCCUGGGGACAAAAACAAAAUCAGCCCGUGGGAGAACUGGAAAGUUGUGAUCAUUUUUGAGGCAACAAGGGAUGCGAUCGACUUC